GCCCAAAAUGGGGGAAAAAUUUAUGGAGAAAACUCUUCACAUCUACGCCUCGCCUCACAUCGCCGGAAAGAGAACCGGAAGAAGUGAAGAACGAAGGUGGAAGGUCUAAGAUUUGCGCCGCGCCGUCGCCUCACAUCUACGCCGUCCAGCAGUUCUCCAUCCGCCAAUUACACUUUAGUCUUCAGGGUUUGAAUCCAAAGCAGACUCUGGAAGUGAAGGAAUAAUAUCCUGUAUAAUACCAAGGUCCUCACACUCUGAAUCAUCAUCUGAUUCACAUUGUUCUAAUUGGAGAGGGGAGAACCUUGACUCUUCAAUAACAGGUAGUGGAUUCCAGAGUACCAAUGCUAUGCUAUUUUCCACAUUAGAGUUGCAAUAAAGGACAGUUGCUGAGCAUGGGCCAUCUGCUGGAGAGGGUUUGUCUUGUAGUUGCUUGGGUAUAUCCUUAUUGGAGCUUUCCCCAGGGCCCGAAGGGAUUAUCUUUCUCCAAACUGUGCCAGGCCCACCUCUUUUGGAGAUCAGGAAGGACAGGAAGGGCAGGAAAUACUGGUGUGGCUGUAAUGCUUUAUGAUCCUAAGAGGUCCAACAUUACUAGGAUAGAAAGAGAAUCUGGUGUCAAGUUUGAGCAUAUAGCUGCUCCACAGCCAUCUGAUAUUGCUAAAGCUAUGGGAAAAGAAGCUGCAGAGCAAAUUGAAGGAAUGUCUGAUAGUGUAAUACCUCCUUUCAAGGAUGCUGCUGAGCAUCUCCUAAAGACCUCUGCUUUAUCACCAGCAGAUUUGCUUGCAAAGGCACUGGCAAAGGCUGUUGGAUAUACUGAAAUCAAGAGCCGGUCACUCCUUACUUCCUUGGAGAACUGUGUUACUCUACAUCUUCAGAGUGGAAGACCCGUCUACUCACCUUCUUUUGUGUAUAAUGUCUUGAGAAGGUUCUUACCUGAAGAGACAGCUGAGUCAAUCAAAGGGCUGACUUUGACAGCAGAUGGCAAAGGGGCAGUCUUUGAUGUGUCCACGGAAGAUGUAGAAACAUUCUUGGAGGGUUCAAAAAAAGGAUCUGUUGUUGUUGCAUCAUCUGAGAUUCAUAGAGGUGAUGAAAGUCUCGAUAUUAAGGUGGAGAUUAUUCUAUAUGUAGAGAUUGAGACUGUCGAUCACCUAGAGGAGUCAAUUGUAUCUGUUUUAGUGCCUCAGUGCGGCGAUUUGCGCCCUAGGAUGGGCAAUUUGGGCCUUGGGAGGGGCACUCCGGGCUUCAGGAGAAGCCAUUUGGGACACUGGGUUGUGUAAUCUAAUUUUGUUCAGGUUCUUUUAAGAGUCAUCUGGACUCUUGGUGGAGUUUGCAUCUGUUGGUGUUUCAACUUGAGUUAUGUAACACCCUCCGACUCGUGAUCUCGGUUCACCGCGACCCGACGAGCCAAAGGGGUUACAUAGAUGGUAUUAAGGACAACACUAUACGCUCAGCAUAAAUUGAGUCGUAAUCU